GUAAUCUUUGUACACGAUUCUUUAACGUUAUCUCAUUCUGAAAGCUCGAAAAAGGCCAAACAAAGCGCACACUCCAAGCCAUAUAGAUGUGUGACCGCCUAAAAAGUUGAUGUGUAAAAUUUUGUUUGAAUUUUAAGUAUAUUUGUAAUAAUGGCACAAUGUAACACAUGGGAUAAACCGCACGGCGGUUGCGUGCAGACUUGUGAACGCAAGAACAACAUUAAAGCCGAGAGCACUGGCGUACGCGCAGCCUUCUUUUAUCCCGCCGGCGGUACCUACAAGGGCUACUGGUUACGCAGUGAACAUCACCGUUAUGGAGUUAAGGAGUCGCCCAAGCAUUUCAUCUAUGAUGGUCAGUGGCGUAAGGGUAAACGUCACGGUUAUGGAACAAUGCGCUACCGUUUGCCGAACGGCACUGCCGAACGUCUGUAUGUGGGCGAAUGGCGUGACGACAUGAAGUGGGGCGAGGGCAAGCAGUUCUUUCAUGAUGGCGUCUACUACGGUUGGUGGGAGAGGAAUAGACGUCAUGGACCGGGUGUCAUGUGGUACAACAAUGGCGCCAUUUACAUGGGCGAAUGGGAGGCGGACGUGAAGCAUGGCAUAGGUGUCUACUUUUAUGAAAAUGGCAAUCGUUAUGAGGGACACUUCGCACGAGGUUUCAAGAAUGGUGAGGGCACUUUCUACCACAUGCAUACGGGUCAAAUACAGAAGGGUAUGUGGGAGAAUGCUGUUUGCAAAGCGUCAAUGGUCAUUGAUGAAUUUCGUAAUCAAGUCGACAGUCCAACGCCGUAUCCCAUACCAAAGCUCGGUCUGCAAGCGCCAGAUAAAUUUGUUUGCGAGUUGUUCCAGCAAUACAUUGCGAAUGCAUUCAAGCCAACAAAGUCAUUCAAUGAACUGAUCUGUCUUAAUUUUGCACAUAAAAUGAAAAACUUCACCAGAUUCGAACCGAAAACAGUACCAAAUUCCAAGUUCAGUUUCGAUGUCAAACUUCCCUGUACCUGUAAGAAGAUUGAACAACCGAUUCUUUAACACCAAAUUCUUAAAUUCAUGAAAAACAACAAAGAAAACCAAUUAAUUAGUUGAGCUGCAAUUAAGAUUAAGAAGAGGUAAAGCACUUUGAACUCGCGGCAUCUCGAACAUCUUCAUUAGUAAUAUAAACUAGAUUAUCCGAGAACCAACUAUAGUUUCUUUAGAUUAUAAUAAUGUAAAUACCAAAAAUUGCAUGUCAAGUUGACAAGAAGCUAAACUUCUUGGAUCCGUUGCGUACCACUGUUGGUCAAUUGUCUUUUCUCCAGAUUGGUUAUUGAGAUGACUACAUUCUUUGAACAUGUUACUAUAUAUCUGAUUGAGAACGAAUUUGGAUGAGAUCUUAUGGUUGCACUUAAUGGCAGCAAGAAAUGUCGGAAGAAAUUAAGUCCCGAUACAUUAUUUAUGAGAUUCGGGAAUAACAAGUCUUCAGGGUAUUCAUUAUUGAAGAAAGAAGAGUUAUCAGGAAAAGCGAUUUAUUUAUGGGCUUCUUGUUUCAUUAGUGGGAUCACUUUUCUAAUGUUAGGUACGUCAUUAUACCGGUAUAGCACUAUUAUAUAAAUUAAAUAUAUAUGUGGAUUUUUAUACUGCAUAUUUUUGAUGACCUCGAUUUUGAAAUUUGGUUUGUAGAAAUUUAUAUAAAACUAUACAUUUUUUAUAAAGGAGAGCUACGAGAAAUUAUGACCCACUGAGGUCUUCAUGUUCGAUAUAUGAAAAGUUGUAGUUCUUUUCAGACACUCCUUUUCUCUCCUCUCUCUCUUGCAAGGCUAGGCAGGCAGGUCUCACCUACCGUGUAAUGGGAUCAAGUAGGAGCACCACAAUCCUAUUGCAAUUUACUUCUGGAUGAAUGGGUCUCUGCUGAACUAAGCAAGCACCUGUUCCAUCACUAGAUCUUUAUGGUCCAAGGUAAAUCGCAAGGCUUCAUAGGAACUAAUCGCCCUCAGUAAGGUCACCAGAAGGUGCUUGGAGGAGGUUGAGGUAGAAUCUUCCCAACAUUUCCUUUUGGAAUGCCCCGUCUUUGCGAGAUCUUUUUGGCGCUUUGUGCAUUCUUAAAUUUAAGUGAGGGAGUAAACUUUUUAGCAUCACAAAGAACUGUCCGUAAUAGUCUAAGUGUGUUUCUUUUUGGGGAAACGACGACCGAUGUUUAUUUGCGCUUCUUUUUAUUGAAGUGAGCGAAUCAAAAUUGUAUUAUAAGGGAAGUAGGCCUGAUUGCACUGAUUACACCUAUAUUCCAUCCGUAAUAUCAGGAUAUCGUAGAAAAUAUAUUAUGUACCGAAUUUCGUUGAAAUUGGUCAAAUAGUUCCUGGGAUAUGGUAUUUGGCCUAAAAGUUGCGACACCAAGCCCAUUUUCUAUUUCUAUACUAAUCUGACUGCAACUCUUCGCCUGUCAUAUUUUCUAUGAAGUUUAGGAUGAAUUUAGUAAAGUUUUAACCGCUCUAUUGACAAAAUUUAUAUAUUACUCUGGGUCAAAUUGAAAUCUGGGUAUCAUAGAACAGGCUGUUGUGGUAACCACUCUAUUCUAAACUAAGAAUUCAAAUUUCAUACAAAUUAUCUUCUAUAUCUCGAAGUUUUGUUGUGUAUUUUGGCGAUUCGAGUUAUAGAAGUUCAACUGUAUUUGUGUAAUGCACCAACAACAAUAACGUAAAUAAAUAAAAAAUGACAAGAACAUGAGUUUUCAUAAAAUUUAUAAUAAUUUAUUUUCAAGAUCGUUUCAUUAUUUACGCAUAGUUUAUAAGUAUUAUUCAAAUUUGUUUUUGUUUUUUUUUUUUACUUUUAUUUAGUUGGUAUUUCAAAUACGUACGUAUGCAAUAAUGGUAUGGUAGUAAUCAAAGUAAUCAUACGCAUCAGCAUUAUUAUCAUUUUAAUUAAUUAAUGUUUCAUCAUUAUCAUUUAAUUAAAACCUUUCGUUAUCAUUACACAUAAACAGUUACUUGCGGCACACCAACACGCACAAACGAACAACCCGUCGCGCAAGCGGAUGCAACAUUUGCGUACCAAGUUCAGUUUGAAGGUCCGUGUUGCAACUGCAAAUGUUUCAUAAAAUACACGUGUAUAUAGUACACCUUCACCACAAUUUCUAAUUCGCUUUGUAUGCGCUUAAUUAGUGUAAUAUUUAGAAAUGCACGCUGAGCAAUGGUAUGUUUGCUUCAAAUAAAAUGUUUAAAUAUUAAUAACAAAGUGGCGGUGUUCGCAGAAAAUAUAACAAAUGCAUAAUUAUAAAUGUAUGUAUGUGUGUGUAUAUAACCGUCUAAUACCCGUUUUCAAAAAAAAAAACAAAAUAUAAAUAUAUGUAUGUAUAUAUAAAUUUGAACUAAAGUAAGAACUUAGUAAGUUGUUGCGGCGAAGGCAUGUGGCACCACUAAAACACUGGACACAACUGUGGUCACCAACACAUUAACGGUUUUCUAUGCAAUGUCACGCGGACGCACUUUUUAACACGUUUCUUUCCACGUUUUCAAGCAACUUUAGCGAGUUAAAACACAC